GACCCGAAUAGUCGGGAUCAUUGUUUUUGCUCGCCCUAGAUCGGCGUUCAUACUUUCCUCAGUGGCGGCACGAUCCGGUGGAGAACCAACCACUUCGCAGGAACACAUUGUUCUCUGAUCUCCGAUGGCUUUUAUUCAAGACCUCAUGCUUGAGAAUGUUUCGAGUGCGGUAGUCAAACAGAGAAUCAUCACUCUUGCCAACAGAUUAGGCAUAGAAGAGAAUCGAUCUCUGUUUCUUCUUAUUCUUUAUAACUGGAAGGAAGAAGACAUUAUUGCUGAUCUGACUUCUAACGCAAACCUCUCAAGCAUGCUGAGAUCUUCUCUUCCUGAGAAUGAUUUUCACGUUGCUCAGAAUCAACUUUGUUCAGUCUGUGGAUUUACUGGGGAAUGUGGUGUUCUCGACUGUCAACACCAUGCUUGCCCGCAUUGUUUGACAGACCAUGUUAACACUCUCUUGGACGCGGGAAAUGCCGUUCUUAUUUGCCCUGCUCAAGGCUGCAAUAAAUUUCUUAACCCAUCUGCUCUAAGUGGUCUCCCUAUUUUGUCUCGAACAAAAUUCACGGAAAGGAUUCUCAAGGACUUCAUUACCAAAGUGGAGAAUCCACAUCCACUUGUUCAUCUCAAAAGAGGACUUGAGUUCGUUUGGGUUAACAGAGGUGUUCUGUUUACCACUGGCCUUGCAGGAGCUGCUGCUUUUGGCACUAACAUAGUGUUGAACUAUCGUCGAAAGCAUCCUCAAACGUGGAGGAGUCUUGGGAUCAUCACAAAAAGAGUUGCUCGUGGAGAGGAUCCUGCUACAAUUACUUUUGGGUGGAAUACUUGGCUGGAGGCGAGGUUUGGAAUUGGAAGUUGAUUAUGUUCCUUUUUAUGUUGCUCUGAGGUAAGGGCCAUAUUAGCAGAAGGCAGGGAGAUUAGAUUGUAUUAGAAUCUUAGACCUGCUUAUGUUGCCUAUCCCGCCUUUUAUUUAGACUAUGUCUGGUUUUAAAAAAUACUUUUUGUGGGGAAUUCUAGUUUCACUAUGCAAAGCUUUUAGAAAUGGACAUUUGUAGACCAGUUUAAUGAGCACUAAUGUGUUUUUUUGUGGAAAAUGUCUUUCGUAUUCCAAUGAAAAGUCUUAAGCAAUGGGCACACUUUAUUUAGUCUGUAGAGUUAUAGCCAAUGGUAAAUCCUUUGCAAUAUAGAACAAUUAGAAGGCGUGAUGGAUAAAUUUCUCUCUAGUGUAUCUGCCUAAAUGUUGUCCAAAAUAUAAGCUUUGAAACUCAAAUUAGAUCACUGGACUAGAAAAUGAUUAAAAAAAAACUUUUGAGUAUAUGCUGCUCCCAAAUAUAAGCGUCUUACAUUACAUUUAUUAAGACGCUUUCUCCCAUUCUAAAUGAUAAAAAAAUGUCUUAUUUUACUCUUAACGUCUUUACAGGCUUCCAAAGACUAUGAGGGGCUUUAGAGCAAUCUCUCCAUAAAGAAGCUCGAAUGGAGCACACUCCGCAGCGUGGAAUCAACUGAUUUGAGGAAAAGAGCGAAUCUUUAGCUUCAGCGAUGAUGAUUAAUCAAAGAUAGCUUCAGUGGUGACAUGUAGAUGCUAUCCAUCAAGAGUUGCUGGAGUAUUGUUGUUUGAGCUGUUGGGACAAUCAGCUGUUUAUCCUUGACUGAAGAAGAUGAAAUACUCUUUUGCGUAGUUACUGCAUUGCACGUUAAAGGCUUUACCUUGAACAUUAGUGCAUUACAGAAGUCCAGGUAGUCUGUAUCCCAGUGGCUAUGUUCUCAUCGAAUGAAAUCAAAGCAGCAGAGACAUGAUGAGUCUUUAAGCUGGGAAACAACAGUCAGACCAAAUCAAUUCUACUACUACUACUUCUUUUUAAGCAAUUGUUUGUAAAUGUUCCAACAUUUAAACUCUAGAAAUCAUGAAUAAAAAAAAUUUGUUAUUUUUGAAAAUUUGAAAGUUGUGAUGUUUACAAGCGAAGAGAUAACCCAAAUGUUUUUAAUAAA